AUGUUGGCGAGACCACCUGCAUCUUCUUCGACUCUCCUCCGACUUGAAAUUCCUUCCCUCCUUCCCUCCUGCCGCCGCACGUGUACUCGCACCUUCUCCAGCUUGGCUCCUUUUCGGUUGCCGAAACACCACGCCCCACGUUUUUACCCCACCAAGACCAGGACGACGUUUGACCCCUCCAUUCACCUCAAACUCUUCCCCUCCGAAGCUUCAUCUACUUUUUUAUCCUCAUCUAUAUCUCAUCGUUUCUCUUCCCAAACAAGACAGUCAAGCACCAUGUCUGCCGUUAAGGAAUACUCCCUUCUCUGUCUCGAGAACCCUCUCCUCGACAUCCAGGCCAAGGGUGACCAGGCCCUUCUUGACAAGUAUGGCCUCAAGCCUAACGACGCCAUCCUCGCAGAGGAGAAGCAUCUUCCUCUCUACGAAGACCUCCUAAACAACUACGAUGCCAAGCUGAUUGCUGGAGGCGCUGCCCAAAACAGUGCUCGAGGUGCUCAGUACAUCCUCCCUCCUAAUAGUGUCGUCUACCUCGGUGGCGCUGGUGAUGACAAGUAUGCUGCUAUCCUUCACGAUGCUGUUAAAGCCGCUGGUCUCCGCGUUGAAUACCGUGUCGACCCCAAGGAGAAGACUGGCCGAUGUGGUGCUAUCAUUACCGGCCACAACCGAAGCUUGUGCACGGAUCUUGGCGCUGCUAACCACUACGACCUCGAUCACCUGAAGAAGCCUGAAAUCUGGAAGCUCGUUGAGAACGCUGAGGUCUACUACGUCGGUGGUUUCCACUUCACUGUCUGUCCUCCUGCCAUUAUGGAGCUCGCCAAGCAGGCUGCUGAGCACAACAAGCCUUUUGUUCUCUCCCUGUCUGCUCCUUUCAUCCCUCAAUUCUUCAAGGAGGUUGUCGAUGCCAGCGCCCCUUACUGGGACUACAUCAUCGGCAACGAGACCGAGGCCGCCGCCUAUGCCGAAUCCCACGGCCUCCCUAGCAAGGAGCCCAAGGAUGUUGUCAUGCACCUCGCCAACCUUCCCAAGAAGAACACCAAGAGAAAGCGAAUUGCCAUUGUUACUCAGGGUACCGACCCUACUCUGGUUGCUAUCCAGGGUGAUGACGAGAUUAAGGAGUUCCCCGUUCACGCCAUUGAGAAGGAGAAGAUCAACGACACCAACGGUGCUGGUGACGCUUUUGCUGGCGGUCUCUUGGCUGGUAUCCUCCAGAACAAGCCCCUCGAAACCAGCAUUGACAUGGGCCAGUGGCUCGCUCGUUUGAGCAUCCAGGAGCUUGGACCUUCAUACCCCUUCCCCAAGCAAACCUACCAGGCUGCUUAAAUCUAUCAACAACUCAUAUUGCACAUCCUUCUUGGAUCAUUGAAUGUGGUUCGGCGUUGCUGGGGAAAAGGGAAACGGUUUCAACAACGGCGUUUGCAUCCAAAGGGAGAAUAUACCCCAAACUGAGGGCUCCCAAGCGCAUUGAGCGGCAUGGUAUCCUCCACGAUAUCGAGUAUUUGGCAAGCAUAUUAUCU